UUGGGGAGGACAGGACACGAGGAGAAGAACAAAAGAUACCCCUUUCCAGAUCGAAAUCCAGACGGCCCAAUCCCGUUUCCCCGGAGAGUCGCUCGCCCGAGGAGCCAUGAAGAGGCGUUCGAUCGACGGUUCCGACGGCGGGGGUCCCCCGAUCGCCGCGGAAGAGGCGAACAAGAAGCAGAAGAGCGAGAAGGGGGCGGAUGCGGAGGAGGAGGUGGUGGCGGCGGACCUGGGGGAGGACCUGGUUUUCGAGGUGCUGAAACGGGCGGACGCGAGGACGCUGGCGGCGGCGGCGUGCGUGAGCCGGCGGUGGCGGAUGCUGGCGGGGGAUGAGCGGCUCUGGGAGGCGGUCUGCGUCCGCCACUGGGCCAGCAUCGGGUGCGGCAACCAGCAGCUCCGGUCGGUGGUGCUCGCCCUGGGGGGGUUCCGCCGUCUCCACUCCCUCUACCUUCUCCCCCUCCUUAAGCCUUCCCUCCGCCGCCCGGCCGCCCUUCCCUCACUACCUCUCCCCGCCACCGCCGGCGGCGGCGGCGGCGGCGGGGGGCGGCCGGUGCGGUGGGGGAAGGACGAGGUCCAGCUUUCCCUCUCCCUCUUCUCCAUCGGCUACUUCGAGAAGAUGAACCCCAACUGCAAGCGGGGCGGAGGCGGGUCUUGACGAAGACCGCGGUCCAGCCACCGGAUCUCGUGGCCACCUCCAUCCCUGUUUUAAACCCACCCCCUUUUUUUUAAUUUCUUCUUCUUCUAAUUUCUAAUUUUCGAUUUUUUUAUUUUUAUUUUAAUUAUCUGCUGUUGUUGUUGUGGUUUGCUCCAGAGGUGUGCUCGCUUUGUUUCUAAAUUCUGUGUAAAACUUAUGGACCGAUGAAUGGAACUUCUUCCACAUUUUCUCUUCCA